GAUUGACAUGACAUCCCAACAGGCCCCAUACAUUUUGUGAGACUUGCCAAUCAAUCAGUCUGCGUAGCCCUGCAGGUCGUCGUCACUGGCUAUAAAUGCCGUGGACGCGUCUGAAAAUCAAAUAAUCUCGGAAACAUGUACAAGGAAUGCUUCCGUGUGAUCUUUAACGUUUGGGUAUAAAACUCACCCUUUCCUUCAAGUCCACAAGAGUUAUCAGAUAACAAUGGUAUUCACAGUAUUGGCAUACAACCACCCUCGACUGGCCGUCGCGGGGUCGGUAUCCCACGGCAUUGCUAUAGUCUCCACCAUCUUCAGGCUUGUUUACAGAGGUUGGACGCGCCGCGUCUGGUGGGAAGAUGCAUGGGCUGCGUUUUCGCUGAUAUCAGACGUUUUUUGCCUGGCAUACAUGUGGAUCAACCCAUCGACAAUAAGUUUCCCAACCUGGGCCUUCGCAGUGGCUUUAACCUGCGUUCUGUGGGCUGCGCGCAUGAGCAUCAUUUUUUCCAUCAUCCGAGUUGCCAACCAUUCGGGCCACAAGAUCCACAAAUGGAUCACUCAUCUCAUCGCGGUGUCCUUUGCGUGUAUGUGGGUCGCCCUGCUCGCGCAGAAAAUCUACGUCUGCGCUGUCCAGGCGUGCCAGAUGGCCGAGCCCGUGGCACUCUCACAACUGAUCACGGACGUCAUCUCGGAUUGUUUGCUCGUCGCUGCGCCACUGCAGCUCUGGAAAAAUGUGGGACUCUCGCGUAGCAGAAAAAUAUUGGUCCUGUCCUCAUUCGGCGCAUCGCUUCUAAUCACCGGCAUCACAAUCCCUCACUCUGUGAUCCUUUUCCACCCCUUAUCAGAAACUACGCUCAUCUUUGCACAUGUCAAGGCCGCCCUCAGUCUCGUCAUCUGCAACCUCUUGGUGAUCGUUACCUUCGUGUAUCGCGUGUUCUCGAAGGAAACUGUUGAUCUCGACCAAUCGUUCACAUGCCCCGGGAUCUUCUCGAGCGUCAUAAUGCAGUUCCCCAUGAGCACGUACACUAGGACGUCACUCUCUGAACAAGAAGGGGCAACAUCGAGACAGAUAACGACGGUGCAGAGUGAAGCGAUGAAACCGAAGAUGGAAGACGCAAGCAUGCUGAAUGCUGAAGAGGGCACUAACACUGAGGGAUGGCCGGAAACAUUGAAGGAUGGCGAUUCACGAACAACGAUCGAUCUGGAAGGAAGUCGCCAAGCAUGAUGACAGCGCGUUUUUUCACCUUAUUACAUGUACGUAUGUGUACACACUGUAUCGUUGUAGGGCACCGCCCGUAUACCAUCUCAAUGACAAACAUCAAAAAACCAACUAUCGAUAUCACUAAAGGGGUCU